AUGGCAAUAUCAUCAUCAUUCACGAGCGUCCACAUCACAGCCUUAGACGCCAUAACAAACGUAAACUCUCUCUUCACACUCGGCGUCUUCAUCGGCUUAUCCUUCAACCCUAACGACCCUUCCGACAACCUAAAUUCAGAUCCCAACUGCAUCCCAACCGCCGCCAUCGCCGAGAACCUCGUCGCCUUCCAUGUCUACUCUUUCAGCUCCUUCCUCUUCUCCAGUCUCGUCGCUCUCGCACUCAAACAAGCUAUCCGUCUCUCCCGCACUUCCGCCGCUGUAGCUCAUGUUAACAGAUCUGUUCUCCGCCUCGGUAUGCUUGUUUCAGGGAUUGGAUCUGUCACUGGUUGUGCUUUUCUUAUGCUUGCUCUUGCGAAUGUUGUUCAGAUCAAGCUUGGAACACUUGCUUGUGGUAGUGAACACACUUUAGCGGCUGUUGUUCCGCUUUUCAUCUUUGUUCCUGUUGCGCUUCUGGUUUAUGUUACUGUUGUUGUCUAUGCUUUUACUCGCUAG